AAAGUAAAAAAAAAUAUUAUCAACAUGAAAUUGAUGCUAGUCUUUGGAAUCUUCUGCAUUGUCUUGGCCUGCUCCUGGGCAGCACCGCAAGGAGGCAAGGAUGUGGAAAUUGUUGAGUUAACCAAUGAAAACAUUGGCAUUGAUGGUUACAAGUUUAGUUACACCUUAAGUGAUGGCACAACCCGCACCGAAGAGGGUACCGUCAUCAAUGCCGGCACCGAAAAUGAAUCGUUGUCGGUGAAAGGCUCUGUGUCAUGGGUAGCUCCCGAUGGCCAAACCUAUACCGUGAACUUUGUGGCCGAUGAAAAUGGUUUCCAACCCGAAGGUGCCCACAUACCAAAAUAAGUUUGUCGCCCCAAAAAUGGAUAGCCGUUUUUUUCUUAAAUUAUGUUUUCUAUUUUGUUUUGAUUUACCAUCGCCAUUCUUUUGUAAAUAUUUUCGGAUAAGUUUGUUAACCCAGGAAUAGUGUGUCUAUUCCUUGGGGGGAGGAUUAAAAGCGUUCAGUCAGUGUUAAAAGAAAAAA